AUGUUAAGGGCUGUUACUGUUGAGAAACUGGAUCUCUUCUUCCAUAGUGGUGGGAACACAUCCAGGUCUGGCAUACAAAAUCGAAAGUUUUUAAAAAGAGAGAGAGUUAGAGACUACGUGGGCUCCCCCGGCCGGGGGGGCCUGGUCCCUCAUCCCGCCGCGGCGGCCCGCCACGGGGCAACCUUGGCCCCCGCGCGCCCCCCUCCCCUCCGGCACGCGAGUCCCGCGGCGUUCCGACCGGGAGCUUUUCGCGCCACAGGGCCAGGCCCUUGCAGCUCCACAAACCCCGCACCGCGAAUAGAGAAAAAAAAAAAUGGGGCCUCCGCACUAGCCCCUCCGGGGGCGCCCCGGGAGAGCUGAGUUGCUCCUCAGCAGGGGUGGGCGGGCGGGCGCGGGGCGGGCACGCCGGGUGCCCGACUGAGGGGGUGUCAGCUGCAUCUGCCAGGACGCGGGCGCCAACGCGGGAAAGGCGCCGCCGGGCCCCGCCCCCCGCAGUCCCAGCCGCUUUGGCGCGAACCUUCAUUCCCCGGUGCUCGCUCCGCCGCCGCCAGCAUGGGUCCGCCGCGCCCGCAGCGCCGAGGUUGUUCAGGAAGGAAAAACUUCACAGCAUUCCGAAAUACGAAACUGAUUCCCAUGGAAACAUCCUCAUCCUCUGAUGACAGUUGUGACAGUUUUGGUUCUGAUAAUUUUGCAAACACAAAAUGCAAGUUUAGGUCGGAUAUUAGAGAAGAACUGGCAAAAAUUUUUCAUGAAGCCUCUGAUGAUGAAUCCUUCUGUGGCUUUUCAGAAAAUGAGAUUCAAGAUGCGCUGAAAUUGGAAUCGGAUUCAGAGGAGAAUGAUACGAGUCCUGAAAGUGAGGUAGCUCAGAGAAGGCAGAAAUGCCCUGUUCCUCUAAAAGUAGCCAUGAAGUUUCCACCUCGAAGAUCGGAGAGGAGGAAGGGUGAGAUGGAACCUCUUCCUGAAAAGCUGAUGCCUGCUCCAGAUUCAGACUCUGACUCUGAAGAAAAGGGUGCCAUAUUUUUAGAAAAAAGAGCUUUAAAUAUAAAGGAAAACAAAGCAAUGCUUGCAAAACUAAUGGCUGAGUUGCAGAACGUUUCUGGUAUCUUUGGUGGGAGAAAAUCAUUGCCAACUGUCAGUCAUGGACCAAAGCGACUUCCAAGGCGUUCAUUGCCCAGAAGUGCAUUGAGGAGGAACCCAGACCGAAGGUCUCGGCCUCACACAAGAUCCAGGUCCCUGAUUGAAGGUCCUCCUACUCCUUUACCAGAAGAGGAAGAUGAUGACCGGUACAUCUUAGUGAGAAGAAGAAAGAUGUCCGAUGAAUACCUGGAGCAUGAAGCCCGAACUCCCAGGAGGGGUCACCGUGGUGCCAUGGCUUUUCCACACAUUGUGCGCCCAGUUGAGGAGAUAACAGCAGAAGAGCUGAAUAAUGUUUGUGGAUCUGCAAGAGAUAAAGUAUACAACAGGGCCACGGGAUCCACCUGUCAUCAGUGUCGCCAAAAAACCAUAGACACCAAGACAAAUUGUCGUAACCCUGAUUGCGUAGGAGUACGGGGCCAAUUCUGUGGGCCAUGCCUCCGCAAUAGGUAUGGGGAAGAUGUCAGAACGGCGUUGCUGGAUCCGACCUGGAGAUGUCCACCAUGUCGUGGAAUCUGCAACUGUAGCUUCUGCAGACAGCGAGAUGGCCGAUGUGCUACAGGUGUCCUGGUCUAUCUGGCCAAGUACCAUGGCUAUGACAAUGUCCAUGCCUACUUGAAAAGUCUGAAACAAGAACUUGGAAUGGAAGACUGAAGCUGUGACUGCCUUUAAAUUACGUACUCUUUCACCAAUGUCGUAUUAAUGCCUGCAGUGAAUUGUUUAAUCAAAUGAGAUUACAAAGCCAGUGCCUUCCUUCCCUCCCCUUUUGGGUAAAAAAGGAUAAGGAACUUUCACUUAUCUCAGUGCAAAUCAUACUUGGGAAGACUGUUUAAUGAAGGUCUUUGCCCACAGGCCAUUGUUUUCUUUUUAAACAACUUUGCAAAUCGGAUAGCAUCAGUCCUUGCUUUCAUGCCAAUAACUUUUUUUUUUUUUUUUCCCCCCCUGAAAGGAGAUGGGGCUUUAAGCCGUUAGUUUUAUUCAUGGAGUGAUCUGUGCUGGAGGUUUAUUUAUGCUUUGAAGUUGAUCACAAAAAGAUAGAGAUGUUCUGAAAAUUCAGGGCACUGUUCCCCACAGAACCAAGCGGGGAAACGUAUGUGCUUAACUUCAGGUCAACUUCUGCUGCAAUACAGACUCUUACUGAACAUAAAUGAUCAAAUAGAAGCUAAGAAUUCUCUAAAACAACAACGCAUUCUUAAGUUCAAAAAGGAAGCCCUAAAAGUUGCAGCUGAGCAGUCUCCAAGCACUAAUAUUUGGUUUUAUAGAGUACUCAAAGUGCACAUUGGCCAUUUUAAGGGAGAUUCUCCGAGUGACUUAAAAAAUGCAGGAGAAGCAGUUGGGGGUGGCACUUCGUAUUUUUGCUCAGAUGAGAGGAGGCCACUGCUGAAAGCUUCCACAGCACCAACACUAGCAUUGCCUAGUGAUGACAGUGACAUGAACAUACUGGUAUACAUUGUGGAGUGACCACUCUGUCUGAAACAGAAUGUACCCUUUGUUAAAUUACUGGUUUUGUGGGUUCUCUUCCCCCUGCUUUUGCUGCCACUGCAGAACUGCUGCUUUGCAGAAUCAGCACUGGUCUCAGGGCCGAGGGAUACCUCCAGACCAGGGCUUGGUUAAGUAGAGAGGUAGUGCUUCAUGUGGCUGUUGGCCAACUACAAGUGGAUGAAAGAUGGUAACUUGCUGAAUUCGGUUAUCUAGAAAAGGGGCAAUGACAAACAAUCACUCAAAUCAGAAGCCUGAAUUUUUUUACCUCCGGAAAAAAAAAGCAAGGACUUUCUAAGCUACAGUCCAGCUUAAAGUGGGUUAUUCUUCCAGUUGCAUAGAGCAGCAUAAACGUAAACAGAUAAUGUUCUCAAGAGACACCCUGGUUGUAGUAACAGAUGAGGAAGAAUGAUUGCCUCAUCAAAAAGGCUUUUAAAAAUAAAUAAGAAGGGAGAUGUAAUGGGUUGCAUACAGUUUGUGAGCACUUACAAAUGUGGUUAGUGCUGUGGUCUCCUCCUUAACAGUCCGGCCAUAUUUCUGUAUCUGGCUCCGCAUGAUUGUAGAAGGAUAUUUCGCAUGAUGUUGUUAAUGAGGCAUGAGUACAGCAAAAAUGGAGCUGAAGAAUUCUAAUGUGCUUGUGGAUGGGGUCUUGUGUACUCAGUGCUGUAGAAAAGAACGUGCCGUGAAAAUUGCAUCUGGAGAACCACAAAGUGUAUAAAUGCGCUUAGUUUGGUUAUGGAAACUACUGUAUAAGCUUUGUAUAAGGUUUAGAAUGCAAUGUUAUAAAUAAUGUACAGUUGAAUAGUAGAAGGAUCAACUUUUAUUGAGCACUAGAACAAAACAUGGGUUUAGACUUCUCUGCUUGCACAGUGUUUGCACUGUGUAUAUACAUAAUAAUCCACAGUUUAUACCUUUCUGGGAAUUACAUCAGUGUGUGUGAGAGGGGAGGAGAGAGUAAUUUAGAAACAAAAGAUAUGUAUGUCUCAGACUUGCAGUUCUGUUUCAUAAAUCAUCUGUCCUAUUGAAAAUCUCCUGUCCUCUCUGUCUGUUUUUAUAGUGUGACUAGCUGUGCAGUCUGAGGUGGAGAGCGCUCUACCCUCUAGGUACAUUUCGUGAAGAAGGAACUCUAGAAAUACAUGUUCUGACAGAUAAGAGCGAU